CCAGUCUUGCCUUGAAGUGUAUAGAUAGGACGACUCUCCGUUUUACCCAGCCCUAGAAAUAACCCACACUCAAUAACCCUCCAGUUUAUAUCCAUUUUAAAAUCGUACAAACACCUAAAAAAUCAUUGAACUCAUCACCUCUCCUCUGUACUCUCCAGCUGCUUCCGUUAUCACCACCUCCAGUUGGUAUUUUUCCAACGAUCGUGGAAACACCUCAUAUGCUCCUCGCUGGGCGGGGGGUGGGUGGUGGGCUCAAUAUAAUUGAUAAAAUUCAGGUGAAAUCGUGAAAUGAAAUGGAGUUUAGUGGGUACCAUGGUGAUAAUGGAGUUGACUUUGGUGGAUCCAGUGGAUAUGAGGAAAUUUUAAAGUAGUCUCUGCGGAAUUGAUGGCGAUGUUGGACUGUGAUCUAAUGCUGACUGGAGUUGAUUAUUUUAGUUUGAUGGCUUUUAUCAGGAAUUUGAUAAGAAUUUUAAACCGGUUUUGACGGUGAAUUGAGUGUUUGACUGCUGUCACGGCGAAUUUAGACUGAGGUGCUGGAGUGAAAAUAAAAUUGUGGUGGUGACUUCAUGUCACGUUGUACGAGGCACAACAAACCGAGUGAUUAAAAUUUCCACGUUUUUCCAAUGAAGAAAAAUUGAUUUUUUCGUUUUAUUCUUUUUUCGCGAGGGGUUAGAACGAAUUGAUGCUUAGGGAAUUGGAGAUCAGUAGGGGAUCAUAAAAAUUACUCGGGGUGCAUUUCAACCCCCAUUGGGGGUUAACUCUCAUUGGUCACAAUGGCGGAUGACGAGGUGCUCUUCGACGAUGUUUACGAGCUCUGUGAGAUUAUUGGCAAGGGGCCUUUCAGCGUAGUACGGAAAUGUAUCCAUCGUCAGACUGCUCAAACGUUUGCAGUGAAAAUCGUGGAUGUUGCAAAAUUUACAUCGAGUCCUGGACUUAGCACUGCUGAUCUCAAACGUGAGGCAACAAUAUGUCAUAUGCUGAAGCAUCCGCACAUUGUCGAGCUCCUCGAGACAUACAGCUCGGAAGGAAUGCUCUACAUGGUGUUCGAGUACAUGGAUGGACCUGAUCUCUGCUUUGAAGUCGUAAGACGUGCCUCAGCUGGAUUUACUUACAGCGAGGCAGUAGCAAGUCACUACAUGCGACAGAUUCUCGAAGCCCUGCGUUAUUGCCACGAAAACGACAUCAUUCACCGAGACAUAAAACCACAGUGUGCCCUUCUAGCUGGAAAAGAAAAUUCAGCCCCAGUUAAAUUGCGGGGCUUCGGUGUAGCAAUGCAACUGCCAGCUCCACAAAAUAACGGCGUCGAGACUUACACGACCGAGUAUCGACAGUAUCUGAGCCCAAAGGGGCAGCUGUACUUGAAGGCCGACAGUGAGGGGAGGGUGGGAGCUCCUCACUUCAUGGCACCGGAAGUCGUCCAGCUGCGAAGAUAUGGUAAAUCCGGUGAUGUGUGGGCUGCUGGGGUUCUUCUCCAUGUUCUUCUCACUGGUGCACUGCCCUUCAUCGGCUCUGGGGAUCGUCUGAGGAUGGCCAUCGAAAAAGGAUUUGUACAAACGGACACUCCCACAUGGGAUAACAUCAGUGGACCAGCCAAGGAUUUGAUCGAACGGAUGCUCGUGAAGAAUCCCAACAAUCGUAUUACGAUUCAAGAGGUUCUCAAUCACAAGUGGCUUCGCGACAGAGAUAAGGGAGCAGCUCGUGUACAUUUAAGUGAAACAAUAGAUGAACUGAAAAAAUUUAAUGCUAGGAGAAAACUCAAGGAGGCUGUCAAGGCAGCUGUCUCCUCACCAAAGUGGCAUUCGGAUAUGAAUGGCGAUAGUUUUUUGGAUGUCGGUGAUGAUGACGUCUGCACAACAGAGGCUGUCGCUCAAAUUCUAGAGUCUUUAGAUGACAUUGAAAUAUUGCAGGAGAGCAGUAGAUUAACGCCCUUCGAAAUUCUGUCAGCUGUUGAUGAUUACUGGCUACGGAGAAUUCUCGAGCUGUAUGAUAAAAUAUCAACAAAAGUAUCAACACCGACUAGACCACCUCCCACAGAUGCUGUACAUCGUGCACGAGAAGUUGAGGAAUUUUUACGUGAGUCUGAACUCAUGGCAUUUAGGAACCUUGAUCGAUGUGACCUGAGAGAACUUCAGGAGCUGCUCAAUCAACCACACAUGAAGACACUUCUUCAGGCACACGACGUAGCGGGCCAUGAAGUUUACGGCGAGGGUGCAUCACGGGUCACACCACCACCCCUGUUACCGUAUCUCAAUGGGAGUGAUGAUGUUGAGGGGCAGAAUGGAGAUAUGGAUGUGGAGAAUGUCACGCGGGUUAGGCUAGUGCAAUUUCAAAAGAAUACUGAUGAACCUAUGGGCAUAACAUUAAAAAUGAAUGAAGACGGUAAAUGCGUGGUAGCACGAAUAAUGCACGGUGGAAUGAUUCACAGACAAGCGACGCUUCACGUUCUCGAUGAGAUAAAAGAAAUAAAUGGAAUUCCAGUUGCCAAUCAGUCAGUGAAUACUCUGCAAAAAAUGCUCCGAGAGGCGAGGGGUUCAGUGACAUUCAAAAUACUUCCAUCGUACAGGAUUGCACCGCCCCCCUGCGAGGUACAAUUGUUCAGGAUUAGGCCUCUGCCAGUAUUAAUAUUCGUGAGAGCGCAGUUCGAUUACGAUCCUCUCGAGGAUGAGCACAUACCAUGUGCCCAAGCUGGUAUAGCAUUUAAAACUGGUGAUAUACUGCAAAUAAUUAGCAAGGACGAUCAUCACUGGUGGCAGGCUAGGAAGGACAAUGCAGCUGGCUCAGCUGGUCUCAUACCAUCCUCAGAGUUGCAAGAAUGGAGAGCUGCCUGCAUGGCCAUGAAGAAGAAUAAGCAGGAACAAGAUGCGGAAGGAGAGGGCGGAUGUUCUCCUCACACCGAGGGCUGUGACAGCUCGACAGUCAAUUGCUCAAUUUUUGGCCGAAAGAAAAAACAGUAUAAGGAUAAGUACCUUGCCAAGCACAACGCUGUUUUUGAUCAGCUGGAUCUGGUCACUUACGAGGAGGUUGUUAAAGUACCUCACGAAGCCUUCCAACGCAAAACCCUUGUUCUCCUCGGGGCUCACGGUGUUGGUCGUCGGCAUAUUAAAAAUGCCAUUAUCUCCAAGCAUCCUGAUAAAUAUGCCUACCCUAUUCCACAUACAACGAGGCCUCCACGAAAUGACGAAGAAAACGGUCGAAAUUAUUAUUUCGUCUCCCACGACGAAAUGAUGGCAGACAUCAGUGCGAAUGAGUACCUAGAGUACGGAACCCACGAGGAAGCAAUGUACGGAACAAAAUUAGAGACAAUUAGAAAAAUCCAUGAGGAGGGAAAAAUGGCUAUUCUCGAUGUUGAGCCCCAGGCGUUGAAAAUUCUACGAACAGCUGAAUUUGCACCCUACGUUGUAUUUAUCGCCGCUCCAGUGGUUCAAAAUAUGAAUGACUACGAUGGGAGCCUCGAGAGACUUGGAAGGGAGUCGGACCUUCUGAAGCAGUCGUAUGGGCAUUUUUUCGAUUUUACUAUCGUUAAUGACGAUAUCGAGGAUACUAUUGGCCAAUUAGAGGCAGCCAUCGAGCGAAUACAGAAAACACCGCAGUGGACGCCUGUCAGGUGGGUCUACUGACAGCGGUCUCCAUCGACAAAUCCCACAGACUACAAUGGCUCAUCAUAGAAAAAAAAAAGAAUAAACCAAAAAAAAAAUUAUUAGUUAAAUUAAAUCUAGUGAGAUGUUUUUUUUUCCAUGGAAUUGUAGGGAGGGAUACAGGGGUAGUGAAUUGAAGUGAUGAUGUCCUGGGUAAAUUGAAAAAUGAACACUUUGGGUUUAUCUUGUUUUUGAAUUUUUUUUUUUCAACGCCCAUUUAACGGUGAUCGCUCGUUGAAUUAUUGAGGGGUUGGGGGUGAUUUAUGGAGUGAAUUUGAAAAUUUGGACCAAAGUUGUUGAGGUCGUGAGUAAAUAAAUUGAAAUGGGCCGACUUGAGUGAAUUAUCUGUGAUCAAGCGGAGUAGAGAAAUAUUAUGGAAUUGUUUCUCGUAUUUCGUUUGGUCAUGGUCGUUGUGUAAAUCGUGGCCGUGUGUUCAUGAUUGUUAAGUAUUAAUUAAUUAAUUACUCUCAAGGAUCGUCACAGAUGAUAAAAUAUGAAUUGAAGCCAAUAAGAAUAUUGUCAGACACGAAUUCACAUCGUACACUAUUCAAACUGCAAAUCUAAUUAAUUUUAUCUCAUUCUCGCAUUAUUCAUCUUUCCAAGCGUUCUUUCGAGCCGGUUUUUUCUUUUUCAUUGAUAAUUAUCGUAAUACUUCCGGUAUCAACUGCUGCCUCGAGAUGAUUUUUCAGAUGCAUGAGUAAUAAACGCUAAUUUAAAAUAAAAAUUAAUGCUGAAAGAGUGAGGAAAUAACGUCAAUGAACUGAGGAAAAUUGUCGGCUCAUUUGUUUUCGUGGAAAUCAAAAAGAGAUUUAAAAAAUGUAUGAAUUUUUGGCGAGAGCAUAUAAAAAGAUAAUCUCUCGAUUGAUUGAUUAUAAUUAUACCUAUUAUACACAAACUCAUGUUACUAACAAAAUUAGAAUGAAGGGAUUAAAAAAUGGAGAACUUCGUCUGGUAGCGAACUGAUUAAUUGCAAUAAUUAUAUUUCAAAGUAGAUAUAUAAUCAUCAGUCAAAUUAAUUAAUUACUUUUUAAGACAAAAAGAAGUGGCAAAAAUGGAGAAUAAAGAUCGAAGAAAUUCAAAUAUUAGUGAAGUGUGCAUAAUACUCAAUCAUUUUACGAAAGCACUGUCAAAUUUUGAAAACGUACGGAGGAGCAAUGACGUUUUAAUCUGCUGUUGUAAUGUUUUGUUCUUUUUUUUUAUUGAAUGAAUUAUCAAAAUUAUCAUUUUCAUCAUAAUAUAUCAUUAGCAAUCUAAGAAGGAAAAACUGGAGUAUUUAAAAAAUAAACAAAACCAAAAUUAAACAACCAAUAUUGAUGGUAAUUACUGGAAGAGGAUUAACUGUAGAGAAAAAAAAACUAUUAUGCAUGUAUAUUAAAUUUUCAAAAAAUUUGCAAUAUCAAGUGCAGCAUUUAACGAACAUCACGUGCUCUCGAGUUGGUGAAUUAAUCAAAUUUUCUUUCCACGCUGUGCGCUACUCUCUCAUUUAUUUGAAGAAUAAUUCAAAUCAAACUUCAGUCGAAAACAUAAAUAAACAAAAUAACUAAACGAAUGAGAAUUAACGGAUAAUCAGGUAAAGAAAUGGAAGACAUCUUUCAACAAAGUCGCACUUUCCAAUUAGCACUGCAACUAGAAUCUCAAUUAAUUUCUGAUGCUCUUGGAUGAUGAAGUGAAUUUUUUAUAAAAAAAAAAUGGGUAAAAUAAUUUGAAGAAAUCUGUGGUAGGACAAAACAAUGUGAAAUCAAAUAGUGUCAACCUCACGUAAUAAAUAAAAUCGUGUGGCCCUCACAUGUGGCUUCAAAAAUGCGUAAUUAAUCACUUAUCGAAUUAAUUGAUACCAAAAUACCGACAAGUAGGGCGAGAGGAGAAAAAAAAACCGUGAAAGAAAAAGAGUGAUUACCGAAGUAAUGUCAAAAACAAUUGUGCCGUGUGAAUGAAAAUGAGAGUUUAAUUGAAUGAUUUUAAACGACAAGAGAAAAACACUUACCAAAAAAAAAAAUGAAUAAAAUGGUUUUGUAACAUUUUAUUAUCAGUUGUAGCGGCCAUUGUCUGGUGAUUUAUUAGAAAAACGACUGACAGUUGAGGAAAAAAAAACGCAAAAUUAUUGACGAUUAAAUCCAAAACGAAACAAAAACUAUAUUAGAAAGCGACGAACAUCGUCAAUCAACGUAAUGAGGUGAAUACGUAAUUGCAUUACGAUAUUGAACGAAAACAGAAGCGAAGCUAAGUUAAAACAUGAAAAAGAAAACGUUGAAAGAUGACGGGUCUAAAGAAAAUUAAAGAAAAAAAAACAAUAAAACAGUUCAUUAUAAUUAUGUAAUUAUAAAUGAGCAGAAUGAAGAUUAUUAUAAUACGUUGUUAAUUGAAUUAAUAAAACUAGCCCAGAAAUAUGACAGAUUAA